AUGGCCCAUCAGAACUUCGGUUCGUUCGGGCGGCCGGCAGAUGAACUCGCCAUCGACCCCUGCCUCCUCAACUCAGGCUACAACACCGAUACGUCCAUGGCCAGCAGUCGACCCCAAGUUCCCCUUCAAUCCUCCACGAAGCCAACUUCAGCACCUCUUGAAGGUGUCACAUACUCGUUCCGCACGGACAUUGGCUGGCACAUCCCCGUCAAACACGAGUCAAACUUCUACCAUCCCGAAGUAGGCUACUACGUUGGAACCCCUGUCCCAUCUUGGAUAGUGACUGCUGCUACUGCUCCUGUGCCCGCCCCUACGACCACCCCUACGUUCGCUCCUGCACCCGCUCCUGCACCCGCCCUUGCGCCCGAAUUUGCACCCGCUCCCGCCGUGACAGCCUUCGACGAGCAGCAAUACGUAGACUUCCAGGCCUACACGGAUCUCAAUGCGCAUCAUUAUCCGGAGCCCAAUGCAUCAGGAUCUACAGGGCCAUAUGUGCAAAGCACCUACCCAGUAGGUCAAGAAGUCUACGAUGUCGAUUACUACUCUGGCCUGGAUCUCGACCAGCUCUUCCCACCGUCCACUUCCUCAAAUCAGCCAGCAGAGCGCCGGCCUCUGACUUCACGCAGCGAAGCCCGUAACAAAAGACGUAUCGCAGCAAGCGAUCGUGCCCUUCGUCGCCGUGAGAAGAGGAGCCCCGAUCAAUACACGCCUCGACGCUCUUCCAUCAUCCAAGCCUGUAUCUGCCAUCCAGUAGCCGCAACGUUCGAAAAGGUGAAACGACCCGCAAACUCUUUCAUCAACUUCCGCUCAGUGAGAACUUUGCCACCUGCACUCCUCGCACUGCUGCCCAAGAAAGAGCAAGAUGAAUUCAAGAGUAGAGGCAGACUUACAAUUCUACAAGCGAAGUUCCUGUGGGAUACAAUGAAGCAACGACCGGAAUUGGCUGGGAUCAAGGAGUAUUACGACAAGCAAGCAGAAGAUAUUGCUGCACAACACAAGGCACAGUAUCCCGACUGGAAAUUCCAGCCAAAAACUCAGGUCACACUCGACUUCGGCGACGAGAACUGCAAGUGCGGAGCGUGGACUGUCAACAUGGAGGAGAGAGAACGGAGGAAGAACGGAGCCUGUGGGGAGACGAGCCCUUAUCAUGCUCACAAUGCGGGCAGGAGCAGGAGCAUUCGUGCUCAGCGCAAAUACCACGACAUCGAUGAGGAGCCAGAAGACAGCGAGUCCGAGAGCGAACUUUCGGAACCGCCCUUCGAUCUCGAAGGUGAAGUAAUGCCGACUCCUCGCAACACGCACCGAUUGAACGACCGCUUGAACUCGCAGCUCAAUCGGGCUGAUCGACACAGGAUGUCCCCAUCCCCAACUCCGUUCGCGACGCCUUCACGACGAGCGCCUAGUCGACGUGCUCACAAGCAUGUCAACUAUGUUCUAGACGAAGAGUCCGACGAGGAUCUGGAGUGA